AUGAAUAAAUAUCAUAUUCUGGGCUACCACUUACCCUCUUGGAAGCUUUUUGAGAAAAUUAAUGAGCACAUCCAAGAAUGUGUUGAACUCAAGUCGAGUCAGCGAGUGCGCGCGAGGCCCUGGCCCGUGGUGCACGCCGGGCGGGUGAAGCGGAAGCGCGAGGCGGAUGAAGACUCCGAGCCUGAGCGGGAGGUGCGAGCAAAGAAUGGCCGAGUGGAUUCUGAGGACCGGAGGAGCCGCCACUGCCCAUACCUGGGUACCAUUAACAGGAGUGUGCUGGACUUCGACUUUGAGAAACUGUGUUCCAUCUUCCUCUCGCAUAUCAAUGCAUAUGCCUGUCUGGUGUGUGGCAAGUACUUUCAGGGCCGGGGUUUGAAGUCUCAUGCCUACAUCCACAGUGUCCAGUUUAGCCACCAUGUCUUCCUCAACCUCCACACCCUCAAGUUUUACUGCCUUCCAGACAACUAUGAGAUCAUCGAUUCCUCCCUGGAGGAUAUCACGUAUGUGUUGAAGCCCACUUUCACAAAGCAGCAGAUUGCAAACUUGGACAAGCAAGCCAAAUUGUCCCGGGCUUAUGAUGGUACCACUUACCUGCCAGGUAUUGUGGGCUUGAAUAAUAUAAAGGCUAACGACUAUGCCAAGGCUGUCCUUCAGGCUCUGUCUAAUGUUCCUCCUCUUCGGAACUACUUCCUGGAAGAAGACAAUUAUAAGAACAUCAAGCGUCCUCCAGGGGAUAUCAUGUUCUUGUUGGUCCAGCGUUUUGGAGAGCUGAUGAGAAAGCUCUGGAACCCUCGAAAUUUCAAGGCACACGUCUCUCCCCACGAGAUGCUUCAGGCUGUUGUCCUUUGCAGCAAGAAGACGUUCCAGAUCGCCAAGCAAGGGGAUGGAGUAGACUUUUUGUCCUGGUUUCUGAAUGCUCUGCACUCAGCUCUGGGGGGCACAAAGAAGAAAAAGAAAACUAUUGUGAUUGAUGUGUUCCAGGGGUCAAUGAGGAUCUUCACUAAAAAACUUCCUCAUCCUGAUCUGCCAGCAGAAGAAAAAGAACAGCUGCUUCAUAAGGAUGAGUACCAGGAGACGAUGGUGGAGUCCACCUUUAUGUACCUCACUCUGGACCUUCCCACCGCACCCCUCUACAAGGGCGAGAAGGAGCAGCUUAUCAUCCCCCAGGUGCCACUCUUCAACAUCCUGGCCAAGUUCAACGGCAUCACUGAGAAGGAAUAUAAGACUUACAAGGAGAACUUUCUGAAGCGCUUCCAGCUCACCAAGCUGCCUCCGUAUCUAAUCGUUUGUAUUAAGAGAUUCACUAAGAACAAUUUCUUUGUGGAGAAGAACCCAAAUAUUGUCAACUUCCCUAUUACGAAUGUGGAUCUGAGAGAGUGCCUGUCUGAGGAAGUGCAGGCCCUGCACAAGAACACCACCUAUGACCUGAUCAUCAACAUUGUGCACGACGGCAAGCCCUCCGAGGGCUCCUACCGGAUCCACGUGCUUCAUCACGGGAUAGGCAAAUGGUAUGAAUUACAAGACCUCCAGGUAACUGACAUUCUUCCCCAGAUGAUCACACUGUCGGAGGCAACAUACAUUCAGAUUUGGAAGAGGCGCGAUGAUGAGACCAACCAGCAGGGGGCUUAAAGGAGAAGCCAGCCAGGGCUUUGCUUCCAGGGGCUUUGUUGAAUCCUAUAUAAUAAA